ACAAGAAUAAAAAAGAAAUUAUAUAUUUUUUUUAAAGCAAACCAAUUGCUGAAGAUAAAGUUGUAAAAAAAAGAAUAACAAAAAGAAAUAAGUGAAAAAAAACGAAAGAAUUAAAAAAUUCAUUUUUUAGAUACAAAUUAAAUCAAGUGUAUAUUUUUGGUGCGCGGCCAUUUUUUUGUGUGCCUCUGCCAGCUUUUUAAAUUCGUCGUUGUCGUCGUUGUGUCGAAAAAAACCCGAAGAAGGAGGCGAAGUAAAAAAAAUUAAUAAAAAAGAUUUUGCAAGUGACGAAGUUUUUUUUUUGUUCAUUAAAUAAAUAUAGUGCAAAAAAAGAGCGCAAAUUAAAAAAAUCGCAAAAAAGAAUAAAAAUGCUGGUGAUAAUAAAUGAAACAUGUGUGUAAUUGAAAAUUGCUUAAUUAUAACAAAAAAAUAUAGAAAUAUUUAACAACAGCAACAACAAUAUGCAGCAUACAAAGUUUUAAUUUGCAAAAAAAGAAAAAGAAUAGAAAAUUAAAAGUGAACCCACAAACAAAAAAAAAAGAAAAAUCAAUAAAAAAAAGUUUAAACACCUACUUAUUACAUUAGUUCCAAAGUACCUGGCCCUUUUUGAGAUAUCUUGAGUAACACACUUUAUAAAGGACUAAAUUUUCUUCUGCAUACAUUGGACCCUUUCUUCAAAAUAAUAAAUUUGGAACACGUGUUAUAAACCCCCCCGCUAAACCAAUCGGUUUUUAAAGAAUUUUUUUUCAACAACCACAACAGUUGAUAAAUGAAACUCUUCCAACAACAACGUGUUUAAUAAUAUUAAAGUUCCAGCUUUAAAUUGAAAAGCAGCCAAACUCCCACCCUUUCUCCAUAUUUGGCAAGAAAAAACAGACUUUUAACUCACUUUAACAAUUUUAAUUAUUCAUUUGCGCUUUUAACGCAUAUUAAUGGCUGAUAUUUCAGCCCUAACAGCGGCAGCAGCAACAACUGUUUAUCCUUCAUUAACAACGUCAGCCAACGAUUAUCUACAUCGCUCCACCAUUGAUCAAUUACGUUCGAUGAAUGAACGUGGCGUUCUCUCGUCGCUGAGUCAUUUGACCACAGCCGAUUUACGAACCGCACAAUUAGUGCACGAAUAUAAUAAACCGUUUAAUAUCAAUGAGUUUCGUCAGAAUGUUGAGCGUUUGGAUUAUUCGUUGAAGAACGGUUUGGUGGGUGUUAAUUUGCAGCAGCAACAACAACAGCAGCAACAGCAACAGUUGGUUGUUGAACAUCAACAGCAACAGCAACAACAACAGCAGGCUCACGAUCAACAGCAGCAGCAACAUCAUCAGCAACAGCAGCAACAACAACAGCAACUGAAACAAUCCUAUAGUCCACCAAAUUCACCGCAAACACCGAAUAUGACGGAACAACCCGAACAGAAGUACGAUCCGAAUGCCAGUGUUGAACAUCAUCAUCAACAGCAAAAAUCCCAUCGUUCACAUCAUCAUACCUCGCCGGAUGGACGUGAAACUAAACCCUAUAAAUGCACUCAAUGCACAAAAUCGUUCGCCAAUUCAUCGUACCUCUCCCAGCAUACACGCAUUCACUUGGGCAUCAAACCAUACCGUUGCGAAAUAUGCCAACGUAAAUUCACCCAAUUGUCACAUCUGCAACAGCACAUACGCACGCAUACGGGCGAUAAACCGUACAAGUGUCGUCAUGCCGGUUGUCCGAAGGCCUUCUCACAACUCUCCAAUCUACAGUCCCAUUCGCGGUGCCAUCAAACGGACAAACCGUUCAAAUGCAAUUCUUGCUAUAAAUGCUUUACCGACGAGAUGACUCUGCUCGAGCACAUACCAAAACACAAAGAUUCGAAACACUUGAAGACACACAUUUGCAAUUUGUGUGGCAAAUCGUAUACACAGGAAACAUAUCUGGAGAAGCACUUGCAGAAACAUGCCGAAAAGGCGGAAAAACAACAGCAAAGACAUGCCAAUCUCAAUGUACAGCAUCAUGUGCCGGCCGGCGGUAUAGGUUUAAGUUUGCAGCGUCAAGUGGUCAUGAAUGCGGCCGCAGUAGCUGGCGAUGCCAAUGCAGCCUAUUGGGCUAAAGUGGGGGCAGAUGGUGCCGUUAAUGCUGCCACCUUGGCGGAAGCCAUACAACAGCAACAGGCCCAAGCGCAGGCGCAACAACAGCAAAAUGGCUACAACUUUAGCACACUACAACAUCAACAGCAACAACAGGAAUUGUUGCAACAUCAUCAACGUCUGGUGAAUGGUACCGCUAAUGGUGGUGGUGAUAGUGCGGCCAGCGGUAAUACACCCAAUCAUUCACAGAGUCCCAAUGAACAGGGUGAAGAUUUAGUGAUACGCCAGUCAUCACAGCAACAUCAUCAACAACAGCAGCAGCAACAACAGCAACAGCAGCAACAACAACAACAGCAGCAACAUUCGCCCAACAAUAUGGUGGUUGUGAAUUCAUCUGCCUACGAUGUAAAGACCACAUCAGCUUUUACGCCCAUUCCCACUGCACCAACCCAUUUGCAAGCGGCCGCCUUGGCCCAACAGAGAGCACCUCCCGCUGCGGCGGCCUACAUUUAUCAGCAGAAUGCCGCGGCAGCUGCGGGCUUCCCUACACAACUAAUAUCGCUACAUCAAAUACGUAACUAUGCCCAUCAACCGGGAGCAGCCGCAGCAGCUGGUCUGCUGGCCAGUGAUCAUCUAUUGGGUCUAAGUGUGACUGCCGGUGGUGCGGGCAAGGACAAAACACAAUAGUAUCAUGCGAAGCAGGAGGAUAAUACAACAAUAACAACAACAGUUAAAACAACCACAGC